CUCCAAUCACCCCGCUGCACGCGCUGCUUCCAGAGUCGGGCCGAGAGGAGCGAGGCGGCGACAAGAGGACAUAAGAACCUGCACAGGUGUCAGCGGCUGGCGUUCAGGAUGCUUUCGUCCCGACAUCAGACCUGGAGGUGACCCCACGUCGUCUGCCUCCCCGUGCGCCCCGGAGUGGAGAUGGUCCACCGGACCACACAGUGGGGGACGUGUGUCUGUGUCCAGGCUCUGCUGGCCGUUGCCCUGGCCAACUGUCCCUCGCUUGCCCCCAGCCCUGUCAACUUCUCUGUGGUUUACACCAUGCCUUUCUUCCAGGCCCGCGGCGCCAUCCAGAACAUAGUCAACAACUCGUUCUACCAGGAGGUGUACGUGGCCUCUCAGAAUGUGAUCGAAGCUGUCAACAGAAGCUUGGAGAAGGUGUGGGAGCUCCGCACCGGGCCGGUGGGAAGCCCAGAGUGUCACGUGUGCAAUUUGUGCAACAUUGACAAGGAUCCCAACUUCCUGGAGGACACGAACAAUCAGGUCUUGCUGUUGGAUACUCUCUUUAUGUCCUUAUACUCCUGUGGAAGCUCUCAGUAUGGCGUAUGCUAUUUCCAUCAGCUAAACCCAAAAGGAGAGUCGCCUUCCCUUUCCAAGUGUUUGUUCAGAAAGGAUUCGAACUCCGCCGCAUACUGUCCCGACUGUUUGGCUAGCCCGCUUGGUACCAAAGUCACAAUGGUGGAAGAGGGUCAGACGGUCUACUUCUUUGUUGCCACCACGGUCAACGACAGCGUGACCCAGCGGUACGCGAGGAAGUCCAUAUCAGUGCGUCGGCCGCUGGCCACAGAAGAUGGCUUCUACAGCGACGUGCGGGGCCUGACUGUCCUCCCGGGCUUGCGGAGGACAUACCACAUCGAAUAUGUCUACAGCUUUUUCACUCAGGAGUUUGUCUACUUCCUCUCGGUUCAGAGAGAGUGCCCCGAUCAGGAAACCUCUCCGUUUCAGACUCGCUUGGGCCGUCUCCCACGGAACGAGUGGGAGAUGAAGAGGUACCGCGAGGUGAUCCUGGAGUGUCGGUUUGAGCCCAAGCGGCGGAGGAGGAACGUGGCCAGCGAGCCCUACAAGGACGUGGUGUACAACGUGGUCCAGGCGGCCCACUUUGGAAAGGCUGGCAGGGAGCUGGCCGAGGAGCUGGGGGCCGAGGAGGAGGACGACAUCCUCUACGGGGUUUUUGCCGUCACCGAUGACAACGGGGUGACGGAGCACGACUCGGCCCUGUGCGCCUUCCCGAUCGACAACGUGAACAAAGCCAUCGUAGAUGGAGUGGAUGACUGCUGCGAGUCUGGGCCAGAGCAGCUCUCCAGAGGGCUCUGCCAUUUCCAGCCCUGCGAGAGCUGUCCGCAUGAGAGCAUGGAGAACAACGCCACGUGCAGAGACCAUCCGACGAUGCUGUCGAAGCCCUACUACAGAGUGGAUCUCUUCAACAGGCAGAUGACGGACGUCCUGCUCACAUCUUUGCUGGUCACCACCAUAGAGAACAAGACCGUGGCCCAUAUUGGCACCUCGACUGGGCGCCUGCUGCAGCUUGUAUUGACGAGAUCCAGCCCUCUCAUCUUCGCCAAUUACUCUUUGGUAGAGAACCAGAGGGUCUCGUCCAUUGCCGCUGUUUACUCGUCAGAGUAUCUUCUCUUUGUGGUCGGAGACAAGAUGAUCCAGGUGCCCCAGAGAGGGCCGGGCUGUCAACACUUCCUGACUUGCGCCAUGUGCCUGACAGCCCCGAAGUUCAUGGGCUGUGGCUGGUGCUCCGGGGUGUGCUCCUGGGAGAGCGAGUGUCACAGUCGCUGGAGGAACGAGUCCUGCCAACCGGGGAUCACUGGGUUCUUCCCACGGACCGCUCCUCCCGACGGGCAAACGGAGCUCACGGUGUGCGGCUGGGAGUUCCAGUCCCCCGUGAGACCGGCCAUCACCUCCAGAACCCACCAGGUCCGACUGGGACACACGGCGUGCACUGUGCUUCCGGUCAAAAGCAAUAACACACACUUGGUGUGUAAGAUUCGCUCUGGGUCCACUGAGCUGUCCAAACCCGUUAACAUUACAGUGGAGGUGCAUGAGGGCAAGGUGGAGGGACGCUACUCUAUUGACGGGAAGGCAGCAAUGCCAGGAUUCACAUUUGUGAUUCCCAACAUCACAGAAAUCCAACCCAACUACGGGCCUCGUGUUGGGGGCACACUCAUCACGGUGACUGGACCGCACCUGGACGCUGGGAGGACCAGGAAAGUCACUCUCAACGACAUGCCCUGUCCUAUAAAGAGAGUCACUGAGCCCAAAGGCGACGUGUCCUCCAUCAUCUGUCUGUCGCAGCCCAUCUCAGAGGUGAGGGACGUCCCGCUGAGUGUUUUCAUCGACAAGUCUCCCGUCCUCACCACAAAGGUGUUUUACUACAAGGAAAACCCGAUGAUCACAGCCGUGCUGCCCGACUGCAGCUUUGACAGGGGGUCGACGAUUGUCAUCGGUGGGGAGAACCUGGAUUCCGUGUACCGCACCAUCAUCCGCUUUAAACCCAACGAGAGCCACUUGAAACCUGUGUCAAGGGAGUGCAUAGGUAAGUCCUUGCCCACGAGGAUGGAGUGCAUCUCUCCUGCGUUCCCCAGGGACGAGACCGAGGAAGGGGAGCUUUCCUUUGACAUGGACGGAGCGUUGGGCCUUUGGAACAAAGAGUUCUCCUACCACCCUUACGGCGAGCCCAUUCCUUUUGAAACAGAGGGACACGUGCUGAAUUUGUACCCCGGGUUUGACGAAGUGUCACUACACCAUCAGAAGCUGAAUCUGGUGAGCUCCUGUAUGACCAUCAUAAUGACGGUGGCGGGCGUUGAUUGUGAUGCUAAAGUCCUGGAUAAUGAGAUCACCUGCAGGAUCCCCAAGAACAUGAGCAUCCCCGGUGAGGGCCUGCCAGUGAAGAUCUCCAUCAACGGGCAGGUCCACAACGUCGGUACGGUGGUGAGGGUCAGCAACCAUUACAUGGUGGGCAUUGUUCUGGGGAUCCUGGCGGCUCUGGUGGCCGGGGCGGUGCUAGCCUUCGCUGCUAUGAAACACUUGAGGAAGAAGAAGAAGAAAGCCUCCAUGCUGGAGAGCCGUGUGGCCCACAGUGCUAGCCGCUCCGGGACUAAUAGCGUGGAGAUGUCGCCCGUCGGGGACUACAGGAGAGCAGUGUCCCUGAGUCCUCCCACCACGCAGGUGUUCCCCAGCCGGAGCUACGCUGCAUACAGCGUAGAUCCGGCCUUAACUCCCCUCAUGCCUCCAGAGAAGAUCUCCAUCUCCAGUUUUAGGCCGAAGCUGCUAGAGGAGGUGAAGGAUGUUCUCAUUCCCGCUGAGAUGCUCAUUGUGCAGCACCACCGGAUCAUAGGGAAGGGUCAUUUUGGCACCGUCUAUCAUGGCUACUUCAAAGACCACAACGACAGAGAAAUCCACUGUGCUGUCAAGUCUUUGAACAGAAUAACAGACGUCGAGGAGGUGGAGCAGUUUCUGAAGGAAGGUAUCAUAAUGAAGGGUUUCCACCACAUCAACGUGCUGUCUCUGCUGGGCAUCCUCCUGCCGCAGGAGGGGCUCCCUCUAGUGGUGCUACCGUACAUGAAACACGGUGACCUGCGACACUUCAUACGCUGCGAGAAGAGGAACCCCACCGUCAAGGACCUGAUUGGCUUCGGGCUGCAGGUUACCAAGGGGAUGGAGUAUUUGGCUCAGAAGAAGUUUGUGCACCGAGAUCUCGCCGCACGCAAUUGCAUGCUGGACGAGUCGUAUACAGUCAAGGUGGCAGACUUCGGCAUGGCCAGAGAUGUGUUCGAUAAGGAGUACUACAGUGUUCAGGACCACAGGAAGGCCAAGCUGCCCGUCAAGUGGAUGGCCAUCGAGAGUCUGCAGACACAGAAAUUCACCUCCAAGUCCGAUGUGUGGUCCUUUGGCGUGCUGAUGUGGGAGAUGCUGACCAGAGGAGCGAGUCCCUACCCAGAGGUGGACCCGUAUGACAUAACGCAUUACUUACUGAAAGGCAGGAGGCUCCCCCAGCCCCAGUACUGCCCGGACCCUUUGUAUAGCAUUAUCCUCGAGUGCUGGGACCCGGAUCCAGAGUUGAGGCCCAGCUUUGCUACGUUGGAGUUGGCCGUCUCCAGCAUCCUGUCCGGCCUGGAGGGAGAGCACUACAUCAGUCUGAAUGUCACCUACGUCAACCUGGAUCAGCCGCGGCCCUACCCUGCCCUCACCGAGUCCGCCGACGAAAACUCCACGGAUGUCGAAGACUCCGGCUCAGUCUCUUCCUGAUCCGCGCUCCCCUUUCCUCUCUCCACUUUAAAAUAGCACGAAAAGACCUCGACAAAGCAUCUGAAACGGAGGUGCUGCCCGCCGUUCGUAAACUGGGCAUUGGAAGGGCAGUAAGAGGCCUUCAGCUAGCACACGGCGCACCGUCGGAGACUUUUUGCAACGAUAGCAGCGUAAAGUUUGAGCUUCCAGACUCAAAGUCAUCUUAAAAGUAUUUCACAGACAUUUAGUUUCUAUGUUAUCGCUUCACCGCUAACCGAUGUCACUGACGAUGCAUGUUUUUGUAGCGCUAGCUCGUUAGCUAGAGAAAAAUAAAACAACUUGUUACAUGUCCGUUAUAAGCUAAUAGGCAUUACACUGGUUUGUUCACGUUAACAUUAACUGAAGUUAAGGCUUUCCAACAGCAAAGUAUUUGGCAAAUGAAGGCACAGACUAGAUAACCACAUGUUCCCGCGCCAAGCUAGGUUUUUUGUUUGUUUGCUCAGUUCUUCCAUGUCUUACGGUGUCGGCUACGGCAUUGAAAGGUGUCACGAUAAGUUCAGCGUCCAUGUAAUUCAGUGGCACAUUAGCUUUCUUUUACUACAACAAUAUAGUGUACUGUUACAGCCGCA